UUCUCGCUAGUCGUUUUAUCGGCUAGGACUAUUUAGCUGUUGCAGUCAUUUAUACGUGGUAAAUCUUCGCUAAAGCAUAAAAAUGAACAUGGAGGUGCUCCUCACCAUCUAUGCAAUGACAGACUUCCCCCAGUAGAUGCUUGGAACAGUUUCUUAAAGGUCGAAAGACGGUAGCAGUGUCUUCGAUCCAUGGAAGACAUGGACAAUGUGGAGGUGUUAGAGGUUGUGAAAGUAACUGAAGAGGUUGAAGAUGUGUACAGCCAUGUGGAGAUGACGUCCCCCAAAAAGAAGAGGGGCAAGACUGAUGAAAACAAUCAUGAAAGACCCAAGAAGCCCCGAUCCGCCUACCUGCUGUACUACUUCGAUGUUCACCAGGUUAUGCAACUCGGAACCCCGAAUCUGCCUCAGUCUGAAGUCAACAAACGAAUCAGUGAGAGCUGGAGGAGACUGAGUGUAGCUGAGAAGAGCUACUAUCUGGAGAGAGCCAAGUUGGAAAAGGAGGGGAUAGACACAACAUUUCAAAGCUCCAGUAAACACCUGCCGGGCUUCCGCAAAAUCCUCCCCAGAGCCAACUGCUUCCUGGUGCCCAACAGCGCCUCCUCUAACUAUCAAACUGUAGGCUCUCAGUCAGAAGUGUGCAUCGAAUCGAUUGAUUUUUCAGCUGAAGGAAGCUUGUGCUCGGUCGCCCUCAGGGUCCCUAAGUCCAAGGCAGCACCUGUUGACUUGGCCGCUGAAGUGGAAAUUUCAGAGUCCCCCACUGUUCCCAGUGAUACAGCAGAGGAAACAGUGGUGUCUUCUUAUGUGACUCCCCAAAGAACUUCGCCAUGGUCUUCAUCCAAAACCCUGACCUCCACAGACAUCCAGGUCUCGCAGGGUUCUGUUGAUGAGACGCUGAAUGACGUCUCACUGAAAACAAAAGCAGGUGGAGUCGCAGUGCAAAUGAUGCAAAGAGAAGCUACGCAGAUGGUGACCAUUGUGCCCUCCCAGAAUCAAGUGGAGCCUCAGCCUUUAGCAGGCAUUAGUUCCCUGCAGCCAGUUAUGAUGAUAUCUGUAGGGGCCAAAUCAGACCAGAUUCCCAAACCUUCUUAUAAAAUGUCGGUAAAGACAUACACUAGGAGAGGUCGGGGGAGGUGUCUAAAUCCUGGCUGCUCUUUUGUUUACGUCACUCGACACAAACCACCUACCUGUCCUGAGUGUGGGAGCCACUUGGGAGGAAAAUGGAUACCUGCUGUAAAGGCUAAAAGGACACAAGAUAAAGGUGGUGCUUUCAAGCUAAUAACUGACAACAAAAGUGACGAAAGCUGUCAGGCUGCACUGCAUGUUUUUGCAGACACCAGUGAAACAAAGUCUGAUGGCAGUAACAAGGAAGGUCAAGCUCAUCGGAGCAGCAGAAAACAGCCUGCUCUAUCACCACCAGAGGGCAGCAGCACCACCACACCUCUGCCUCAAAUAUGUAAACAAAUAAAAGCGAAUACUAAAAGCACACAUCAGAAACCAGUGAAGAGCUGUGCUGUUGUUCAGACGAGGCCUGUGAGGCCCAUCCUUCCUGCUGUCUGUAACCCAGGCAGCGCUGUGAUUCAGAUCUUAACUGUCACCCCCGAGAAAGAAAAACCUCAAGGUGUCUCUAAAAUGAACCAUUCAGCAACAGCCACGGUGCCUCAAGAGAUUCUGUCAGGUCUUAAACCCAGCACUUUAAAGCAGCUUGGCCAGACCGUCCCAGCAACAACAACCAUCCAGGUGAAAACACACCCAUCAAUACUGAAAACACAGAGCGACAGUGAUGAGGUCAAGUUUCUUCACUCAUUGCAUCCCCUUCUGCAGGAUUCCUCCGUCUCAGCAGACAGAAGUAAACAUGUGACUUCCACUCCGGACACAGGUGUGAAUGUUCUGUCCCUAGUGCCUUUCAGACACACGGUUUCCUGUUUUGAUUUGGGGCUAUCCACAGCACGAGGCAGAGGCCGCUGUAAGAACCCGGCCUGUGACUACAUGUAUAAGAACCGCCACAAACCUGCUGUGUGCCCGAAAUGUGGCAGCGAGCUGACCAGAAAGAAUAGCAAGCCUUCAAAGUCUGAGACUUUGCUAGAUCCCCAUCAGGACCUGAGUCCUGCUCAGAGGGACAUCCAGCGCCAGAGCACUUUGCAGCUAAUCCGCAGCACUCUGCAGAUUCCUGAGAGUGACACAGAGCUGCAGGAAACGAUGAGCCUCAUCCAGGAGCUGAACAGUGUUAAAAUAGUCUUGGUUAAGAAUGGUGAGGGAAGUGAUGCUGAGACUGAGACACUGUUGGAGACUGGGUGGCCUCAGUUUUAUGAAUCAGCAGCUACACACUGUGGCCUGUGUGGCUACCGUCUGUGGAAAGGAGGGCAGGGUACCGUCGCCGGGCAGGAGGACUGCUGGUUGCUCACCGAGACUCUGAUGCAGACAGCUUCUCUGCAGCUCAAAGUGUGUCCCAAUCUUCGAUGUUUGGCUCUGCACAGCUUUGCAGAUCUUCAUCCAGGUUUGUUCAAUGUUGGGAAUCGACUUCUUGUAAGUCUUGACUUGUUUCUGAAGAUCAGAGCCAACAUCAAACUGGGCCAGGCACCAUCUCUAGCUGCUCAAUCUGUGUUUGACCAAAUCCAGAAUCAUCCAAUCCAUAGUCUUACUCCAGAGGAAUCAUCUCAAGUUCAGGAGCUUUUCCUGAGCGGCUACUGGGCCUUUGAGUGUCUGACGGUGCGGGAUUACAACGACAUGAUCUGUGGCAUAUGUGGCGUUGCCCCAAAAGUUGAGAUCGCGCAAAGACACAGAAACGACGCAUUGGAGCUGAAGAAUGUGGAGUUUACCUGGCCGGAGUGUUCAGUCUCAGAUGAAGUUCAUGUGGAUGACUUCUGGCUGACCAUGGAGGGGGAAGCGAUCGAGCAAGCGGCUUUCCCUGCAGACAUCCCCAUCACACGGGUGGAUGCUUCCAUCAUUGCUCCUUUUGCACCGCCUUUGAUGAGGAGCCCCACUGUCAUCAACACAGAGAAAGACAAGCUCAUUCCACAAAUACAACAACCUGCAGGAGAUCCGUCAGCUUUGGUUCGUCUCAUCCAUGACGGUCAGCUCAGACUCGACAGGGUCGAAGAUCACAGUGAGGAUGAGUUGAGAACCAUACUGGUCAGCUGUGGAGUGGACCUCACUCCUGGCUCCACGAAGCAUGAGCUUCUGGCCUCCCUGGUCAACCUGUACACACACGCUCACAGUGGCCCUCCCACGGCUCCACAGCCACCCCCCCAUCUCACUGCCGGCAAGCUGUCCAAGGCUUGCCCCCACAAGGUGGUGUGUUCCUCUAAGUACUUGGUGAGAGGAGAGACGGCUCGAGACCACGUCGAUCUGCUCCUUUCCUCCCGCUACUGGCCUCCAGUUUACGUUUGCGACUGUCCUCGUCAAGUGGCGCUUUGCACUGAUCUGCAGUAUCCAGAUUUGGCAACACAGAUGUGGGGCAGAAACCAGGGCUGCUUCUCUGACCCCUUUGAAAAGCCAGAAUUUGUGACAUGCCCCGAGCUGCAGGACCAGCCGUACACCGCUGACCUCUCUUUGGUAGCAGAGAACCAGCUGGUUCACCCCAUCACAAAAUCCUCCUCUUGCUGGCUGGUUUAUCCUCCAGGAGCAGCGCUGGACACUCCUGGGCAGGAACACCACUCCAUGAUCCGCUGCAGAGAUCUGGAGCCGUAUAUCAGUCUGCUAACAGAUCUGGACUUAAAGAAAGAGGAGCAUCACAAAGAGGAAAACAUAAAAGAGCAGACCGACAUACCAGAGAAUGACUGUUUAAAAGAACCAGAAGACAAUGUGAACACAAAGCCCAUGAUUUUCAACAACACGGCUUAUUACUACUUGUACAACCGACUUGUAGACUUCCUCAGCAGCAGAGACAUAGUAAACCAGCAGAUCAGUCAGGUUGUGAAGGCUUGUCAGCCUGGAGAGGUGGUCAUCAGAGACUCUCUAUACCGACUCGGAGUGGCACAGAUAAACACAGACGAAGAUGAAGGAAUGAGAUUAGACGCACAGACAGAGGAAGAAGGACAGAAACAAGUAAUGGUUUUAAGCAAUUAAAAAAUAAAAUUUUGGUUGGACUUUAUAAUGCUAUAAAAAGAGACUUGGGGGCAAGGACUUUAGAAGCAGCGUAGGACUAGAAAUGACUUUUGUAUUAUGGAGGAGACAGAAGAGAAAAAUACAUUUGAGACGGUGCUGGUCACAUGUUGAAGGGUGGGUUGAAAUCUGUAGAAGAGAAAGCUGUCAGACUGUAGUGAUUACUGUUAAUAUAUUGAGUUUUAUUAUGUUUGUUUAAGCAUAUGGAAUGCUUUCUAAUGUUUUUUCAAGCAUAAAUAGUAAUACUACUGAAGACUUUAAACAUGGAUGCUUUAAUGCUAUUUAUGAAACUGUCAGUUUACAUGAUGAGUGUAAUUUUGGUUUCAUGCUAAAAUGUUUAUGGAAUAAGUUCAUAUAGUGACAAAUCCAAGGCCCAAGUUUUGACAUCUGCUGAUAAUAGAUUCCUGUAAUAUGAUAAAGCUGCUUUGCUUUCACUUUCAUUUACACAAAAAUGUAAAACAUGAUCUGUUUUUGUCUUCAACAUAAAAGUAGCAAUUUCUUCUGCUUCCAAAAUAAUGCAUUUACAUGUAAUAUUUGUCAUUACAUGUAAAGUUUAUUUUAUAUUACACAGUUGUUUUGUUUUACAUAGCAAUUUAUUAUGAUACAGAAAAUAUAAGCAUGCUAAAUUUGGCAUUUUUCACAGUAUAUGGUCCUUAAUCUUCCAAGUCAUGACAGUUCAUUUCAAUUAUUUCAUAAUCCACCGAAUUUGUUGUACUUAUUGCAGGAAUAGUGAUAUAGCUUUCUUUCAGUCAGCUGAUCGUUUGCAGAGAAAACUCUUUGGUUGUUUCCCUGACGUCUCAGAGAAAGGACUUUUAAUUUUAGAAACUGUAUGAUGGAGAACAUUUGUAACUUUGAAACAUUCGUAACUUUGUACCGCAGGAUUAGUGGUAUCCUGCGGUACCACUAAUCUGUCUCCUUCUGACUAAAAGAGAGUAAAGUGAACUAAUGCAAA